AGUGUUGUUUCGGGAAUUUUGCAUAACCGGCUUAGAAAAUGUAAUACAUAUUUUGGUUUUUGCAAAUUAGUAUUUAAUUUACGCUUUUCUUAGUAAAAUACCGGUUAUUUGAAGUGAAGUGAAGAUAUAUGAAAAGCAGUGUUUGUGUGUGAACCGUGUAAACCAAACCUUGGUAUAUAAAAGGUUGUAAUCGUAUAAGUGGUCACUGCUUCUGGAGCAAUGCCUUCACUAAUGCUAAGUUUGCCGGUUGGUCGUUACACGUCCUAUUUCGAUAACGCCGGGUCGGUAAAGAAGAUCGAUGUGAAUCGAAGUAAGAAGUGUUCGCGUGUUCGAUAUUCGGGAACGGUUAAGAAAAAAAAUUGUUUUCCAAGUGGCGAAUUAUUACAACAAUUAGAUGCCUGCCUUGAGGAGCUCAAUGUUACGAUCAUGGCAGAACUAGCUGAACGCGAACGCGUUAAUCAGGAGCUCCGUGAAGAAGUUCACAAGCAACUCGAAUAUGUUGGAAAUUUAUUAACAAAUUUUCACGGUUCAGAUAAACAGAAAAGUUUGUUUACUAGUCAGCUCUCGAAGCUGGAAGGGUUGACCAGCGAUCGUAAUAAAAGACUCAAAUCCGAUACGCUGAGAAAAUUGCUGGAGAGUCUUGAGAUUUUGAUCGAGAAAAUCCAAAAAAGCUCAGAACCAACAGAGAUCGGUGUGACAAACGCAGAAGUACCGCCAACUAAAAGUGCUGAUUUAGAGGCUAAGAAAACUGUGCCAUUUUCUGCAAGUUCCAAUGAAUCGGUUGCUAAGAAUGCAAGCCCCGAGCCGUUGCUAAAUGUGCCACCGACAUCCACUCCGUCAGCAUCGGCACCAUCGACAACCACAUCAUCGACAUCGGCACCAUUGACAUCUACACCAUUGAUUGAGUCUGAACCUCCUUUGACCAAAUCUACCGUUGAUGUUCCAAUUCUGAUAAAAGAAAUAAUUUCUGAAGAAGCAAAACUAAAACAAAAGGCACAAAUUCCUUGGCGAACACCUAGUUGUUUAGAGCUUGACGAAAAGGAAUCAUCUGCCAAAGAAAAUGUUCAUUUAAACAAAAAGAAUACGAAACCGACAGGGUUGGCCGAGCCAGUCCAGAUUGCUGAACCAGAGAGGAUAGCGCAUCGAUAUCCAAAGAAAGCAAAAAAACGAGCGGCUGAAAAUGAAGCUGAUAUGGAUAUUCCGUUUAAGAAGCCAUUACCUAUGCCACCCCAUGCCACGCACAUGCCACCAGAACCGCAAAAGCCAUUGUUUUCGCGUCGUCAUCAGCUUCCUCCGGAACCGCCUGUGUUCGAGAAACCGGAUCCUCGAAACUAUGGAGACUAUUGUAGGCGUCGCCAAAUGCAACAGCAAAAUCGAGCCCGCUUCGAAAGCCAAAAUCAGCAGUACUAUCGUCAACGCCCGGCGCCGCCAGGUUCACGAAUUCGAACGGAAACACCACAUGCAUUCGCUGUUCCUGCUUCAAUUCCGGUUCCUCCAACUACAAUGAUAGCACCAUGUCCGCCAGCUCCUAGGGCGGUAGUACCACCCACAAUUGCGAAGCCUCCAACUCGUGUGGUACCACCGAAUACCACCACUGUGACAGUUCGUCCGGAGCACAAAAAGGCAAUUAAUCCUGUGUAUUCCAGCGAUGAACCAAUUGCGCUUGGAAAGAAGGACCAAGCGAAAAAGAAUGUAUCACCUGCGAAAGCAACUGAAAAUGUCAAAAUUGACGAGCCCAAAACCAAUGAACGUCAAAAAUCUAAUGAAAUAUUAAAGACUGCUGAUCCUAAGACGAAAUCAAUGCAGAAAUCGCAAACAAAUGAAAGAAAAGUGACAGAAAAAGUGCAGGAUCAGAAGAAGCAAAAUCCUAUUGAUACCAAAAAGAAAACCUCAAAAGCAAGCGAUGGAAAUUUGAGUGAAAAUCAGUUAAUGGAUUUAUUAAAAGAAAUUGGCGAUCCAGAUAAGGUGAAUAAGAUUUUAAGCGUAAUGAAUAAUAAUUCCGACGAUGAUGAUGUAACCAAGCGAAAGGAAGUGCAGAUCGGCAAAAAGGCAUCUGUAGCAACGAAAACUAAAACACCGGCCAAAAGUAGUAAUAAAAAAGUUAAACGUGCCCAAGCGAAAAUCGAUGAAACGUCUUCGGAAGAUGAAACACUUGAAAAAACGACAACCAAGAAGGGUCAGAAAAAGGAAAAAUCGAAGCUCGUGAAACGUACCGGUGCUGGAAGCCGGGAGUUAAACCUGUUAAUCGAGAACAGUAGUGAGUGGAUGUCUAAGGGAGUUGAAAUACAAUCUACAAGGAGACGUAAUGCGCAAACACAUGCGCAAAGCGACAGUACACUGGCUAAGCCAUCUGAAUCGAAACGUGCAGAGGAUGAAAUUGAACAUCUUACAUCGGAGGAAGACGAUUCGACAGGUGGUAUCAAGAAUCAAUCAACAGAAGAGGAAGAUUCGCUGCUUACGGUUGCUAAAGUUUCCCCGGUUCAGCCAAAAGGAAAGUCUAAGACCAAAGAAAUCACUUAUGUAUAUAAUGACAAAAAGCAGGUUCAUUACAAUAGCAAUUAUUCUAGCAAUUGUGCUCUCUGUUCCUUCAAUGGUUCGGCGAUUGUUGAUCAUUAUGUGUAUGAUCAUAAGCAAUACGAAGUAUUUGUAAGUCGUGUUUCUCCGAAGAUGGCAGAUAUUAUUCGAGCAGAUCCAUUCCUAACCAACGGACUCCUGUUGAAUGAGAGUUCUGGUGAAGAAAAAAUUCGUUUCAAAUGUCUCUUUUGUCUUUCGGCACGCGAAAUGGGGCGUACUGAAUGGAUUAAGCAUUUAACAUCGCACACGGGUGAAUAUCGAUACCGUUGCACCAGUUGUCCGGUGAUGUCUCAAGGCGAAGAACUACCCAAUACCUUUUUCCAUGAGAAAACUUGUUUGAAACCGGUGCUUGCUCUGUACAAUGCUGCUGAGUUCCAGGACAAUCAUAUGUAUGGUUACAUGUGUGAACAAUGUAAUUACAUUCAGAUUCGUCGCGUCAAUAUGGAAAGGCACCUGAAGAGAGAGCAUCCCUCAUCUGAUGUGACCUGUAUAAGGUUUAGUAUUGUGAAUUAUAAGAUUGAGACAAAACCCAUAAUUGACGAGGACCAUGAAAUGACCGACUUAACUCCUAGGGUGAUGAUUCCGCUGCAGCCUAAAACUGAACUUGCCGAAGCUUGUGAGAUCGUUAAUCAACCUUUCACGGAAGACGAUGAAUCCGCGGAAUCGGCUGUUUCAGAAGGUCCUCCGGCUGUGCUUGCGCAAAGAACGAAUAUUCGACUCAACUCUGUUCACAUUGGUCCUGCUGGCGUGUACGGACGAUUGGAACAUAGGCCGUUUGUAUUUAAACAAGAACAGGAACUGCAAGGCGAUCAGAUUAGCUCAAGUGGUGGUUUCUUCGAAUCACCUAGCUCUCCAGACAUGAUGUCUUCGUCAGAAGCUCAAGCGGUUGUGCCAGUUUUGCAGAUAGAUUCCGUGCAAGGAGGUUUUCAUUUGGGUAAUACUUUAUUCAAGCGGGAACCGUGCGAAACCGACUAUGAUUCUGAUGCUAGUGAUAAAACGACUGACUUCAACAUGUCUGAUGCUACCGAGGAAGGUCAAAAGAGUGGUGAAAAGAGCAACACAGGAAAGGAUAACACUAGUGGUAAGGGCGAAGGAGGAGGUGCUAGUGGAAACUCGGGUUCAUCCGCAAACAAUGAAAGCAACAGUGCUGGUUCUUCCGCCGGCGGUGGCGCUGGAGCUGGAGCUGGCGGUGGUGGUGAUGGUGGAGAUGAGCGCAGACCAGGACAAUUUCCCAUCCCAGUCAAGGUUAAAAUAGAGAAAGAGGACGACGAGGAAAAGGAAAAGAAAAAGAAAGAAGAAGAGUUGACUGCCAGUUUCGGAAAAGUUGUUAUAAAAACCGAAAAACCGGAUGAUAUUGUAGAAGAACCACCGAUCGAGUAUGAUUUUGUCGAGCUGGUGCUGGAUAGUACCAGAAUUGAACAUAUAGCUUACCUCGAAAAACAGGGCGACAUACUGCAUCUUUGCCUCAUGCCCGGGUGCAAAUACAUUUCGAAGAAUGCUUUAGAUUUUACCAGCCAUAUUUCAAAACGACACAGUCAAAUUGUUUGGGAUGGUUACUGCUAUCCCUGCCAGUCGCAGAUUGUGAUAAUGGAUACCUGCACAAUUGCCAAUGAAUUACAGCACUUACUAGAAGUUCAUGCUCGAAAGAAAACUCCAAUUCCGAUUACUGAAGUAGAAACGCGUCCAUCUGCGUCAAAUGUGAUUCGUAUACGUAAAAUGCCAGGGGACACCUUGUCUGCAACCGAGACCAACCCACCGCCAUUGGCACCACUUAUAUUGCCAGUACCAUCGAUUGUUCAGGGAGGUCCCCCACCCAUCGCAUUGGGCCAACCGGGACCGAUGAUUAUACAAUCUGGUGCAACCAUCUCCCCCAUAUCUUUAGGCAACAAUCCGAUAAUUGCCCCGACACACACAAUUCCAGCUCAAAUUCGGCCAAUCGUACCGAAUACUUUGCCAACGAUGGCAUCUUCAAGCAAUAUAUCCUCUUCGUCCAACUCCGCUGCGUUACCCUCAGUUGUAAAUCUCCGCAUAAGUACAGUGCGUUUGAAACCCUGGACCAAUAUGGUUACUACGAAGAAUCAAGAACACUGCCGUAACAUGCUCGAAGAAGCCAGUUUACUUUGUCUGUACAAAUGUAUGGCUCGAUCGUGCGCAUUCACAACCAACAAUCGCUUCUUCAUGGAACAACAUUUGAAUUUGCACGAAAAUCGGUACGUCUCCGGACCUGGCGCACCACGGAAAUGUUGGUUGGAAUGCGCUUACUGUGAACUAAUAGCUCCUAACUGUACCGUCCUGCUGAUGCACAUCGACCAGGAGCAUUCCACGUGUGGUUUCCAGUGCAACUUGUGCUUCUACCGAAGUCGCGAUCCAACCAAUGUCGUUGUGCACCAGAAAACUUAUCAUCCGACUAAUCUUUCAACGAAGAACAUCCUCAUCAUGCCAGACAAUCUACGAAGCUUCGGCGACGACGAAUGGCGGUCAAUGCAGGAGUCAUUACGGAAGAAUGUCCUUCCGUUGCACUGUACCAUUUGCAAGGGAUCGUACUACAUCCUGUCAGCAUACAUGAGCCAUCUGGCUGGGCAUUCACAGAGCUUCGUGAGUUGUCAGGUGUGUAAUCUGAAUAUAGACAAGAAAAGUAUGGCCCGUCACUUGUUACUGCACUCCAUCGGAUUGUAUGAAUGUGUCUACUGUUUGUUUGGCGCCAACACUAAAUCUACGAUGGCGUUGCAUGUCAGCAAUGCCCACUGCUCAAAACCACUGUACUGCUGUGUUCGAUAUAACAAGAAGAGAUCCGAUGGUGUUGAUUAUCCACCGAACAAAAUUGAAUCUAUGGAACUAAAAACUAUGAGUUGUACUGUUUCACCGGAUCUUUUCAAGCGAUGCACUUAUACCCCGGAACAAUUAAACUAUAAACCAAUUGAUCUCAAUGCAAAUCAUGCGAUGACAUACAUAAAGCCAGUUCAAACAGUUGUUUCAAGUGCUGUUGCAACUCCUGUGGCUAGCUCCACGGCGUCCAAUGCUGCAUCGAAUAUUCAAAUUCAAAUAACCGAUGAGGCUGGCAGACCUUUGAUCAUUUCGAUUCCUGUGCAGAACAGUGUACCCAAACCAUCAGCGACAACUACAGCGCAGGCGCCUGCGCUUCCCGUUAACACGACACCAUCAAUUCAAAUGCCAAUGAUUACUACCGUUCAGGGUGGCGUCCCUAUAUCACCACAAACCCAGCAGCAGCCACAUAAUCAAGGACCACUUCCGGUCAUCAGCAGUGUUCAGGGAAUGGCUACGCUGCCACCAUUAACAGCCAUUCAGCGUGUUACUGACAGUCUACCAGUAAUUAGCAGCGUCCAGAGUGUUGCCCCAACGCCUAAUGGUUCGCCACUGGCACCCAAUAAUUCGGCAGCUUCGAGGAUGCCUGCGUUGACUACCAUCAGUGCUAACAGUUUAAUCAACCUACCAAAUAUUCCAGGCAUCACAAUCACAGCCAAACCGGCCACAACGACAGUGUCCAGUUCCACGGUGACUAGUACGCAAUCUUCGACUCCGGUUGGUAAAGACCGGCCUCCAAUGGUUUCUGUGGCAGACGGCAGCAUGUCUUCAACUGGUGGCCGCAAAGCUAUAGUGGAUGACCAGACAAGUGAUAUCUAUGCAACAACCGUGGCUGAAGCGGAUACCCAAUCCAGCAAUACCAUGAACCCACAAGAAAACAACACAGUUUCGUUGGACUCUGAUGAUGAGAUCCCUACGCAUGCGGAUGGUGAUUCUAGUAGCAAAAACAGUACUCCUGUUCAGUCACUAUCGCCAGUUUCGGGAGGCACAAAUUUGAAGGGACCAGGACAGAAGAAAUUUUCUAGUACUACUCAGAUUCGAAUUGACUUUCUGUUCAAAGGAACCAUGGAACGGUUCGAUCGGCUAGAGCGAAAAGUGGCCCAGAUGAUAAAGCAUACAGGCUUCUGUGGUUCAGAGCUGAAUGUGUGUGGUGUGGAAAAGUGUGACAGUCGUUUUAGUGAUCCGGUUAAGUUGAAUUUGCAUCUGCUAAAGCAUCACAACAUAGGAAGUUAUAAGUGCUAUCAUUGUCCGGAAAAAUUCAAGUCAGCACAUGAACUGAUUACGCAUAUAAAGACACAUGGCCGCCAUCGGUAUAUGUGCUUUAUUUGUGAUCGAAAGAGUCAUUUUCUGAAAAUGAUGAUUCUUCACGUACAACACGACCACAGCAGCAAGGAUGUGAUUUUGACUUACCUGCACCCAAAGAAACGGGACAUCCAUAAUGAUCUAGUGGUUAUCUGUCCACAGAAUGUAACAGCCGCUCAGCUUCAAGCUUACAUAGACAAAAUCUUAAAGGAAGACGGAAGUGGUUCUGCUUCAGCGUCAGUCGCGGAUAAAAAACAGUUUGGAGUUGAGGAUAUAGAUCGCUUGCCGCCGCAGGAUAUCUACCUGGAAGAUGCAGGAUGUGCGUUGUGCAGCUAUACGACAAAGAUUAGAAAAAACUUACGAAGGCAUCUCGAGAAACAUUCGGAAACUUCAAAAGGAACGGCGUCCCCAGAUAUGGUAACUGCUGGAUGUGCAAAUGUUCCGCAGAUGAUUUUACCGGGAAAAUUAUAUUUGUGUGGUAUUUGUAAAUUCGAGUGUCCUGUUCUCACCGACUUUCGCACACAUCUUUACCGAAUGCACCGGCAGGAGAAAGUGUACAAAUGUCCCCAUUGCCAGGCAACACUAAAUGAUGGAUUGAUUUGUAUUGACAAGCUUGUCAACCACCUGAAACUUCACGGUGAGAAUUUAUUCAAGUGUAGCGAAUGCGACUUUUAUCGAGACGUGCAACAUAUCGUUGCAACCCACGUCAAACAGAAUCAUGGUUCUGUUGCUACCGCAACUGUGAAGAUAAUUCGCGAGGCUCCAGCCUUAGCUCGUGUAGCUGAGUCCUCCUGGCAAUGCGAUUUGUGCGAAACUAUUUGUCGAACACGUGAAAAAAUUAUCGAACAUAUGACGGCCGACCAUAAGCUAACAGAUAAGCAGUACAAAUGCUCUAAAUGCGCAUACAAAUCUUCUGAUCAUGAUUCCUUCAAAAUACACUUUGCUGAUCUUCAUCCAAAUAACGAGAUCUUGAUUAUUGCGCUAUUCCAUGAAGUACUACCUAAAGAACCUGUAGCAGCCAUAAAACCCGAAAAGGACCAAAACGUAAGUUUACCGUUUGAUGAUAAUAACCGAAAGAAAAAAUUUGCUUGCGGCAGUGAGAACUGUUCCUACUUCUCAACCGAUUUGGAGUGGGCAAAGCGCCAUUUCCUGGCCAGUCAUCCUGAUCAGACGCUGGCUGUGUACGAUGAAUCUAUCACCGAUAAGGAAAAGCGCAAGCGGUUCGAUUACUUCGUAAAGUAUGUUUGCAACCACUGUCAACUGCAAUGUGACACAAUCGACGAUGUUGUUGAGCACUGGAGUCGGAAACAUAAAGAGGAAGGAAAAAAACCUUUGAUGUUCAAACUAUUUAAACUAGUUCGGUGCUUCUAUUGUGAUAAACUGUCAUCGUACUACGAUAUUAAAAUGCACGCAACUGUUAACCAUCCGGGGCAAACGUUCGCUUGCGUGGACCAUCAAAAUGUGUUUAAAUGCGGCGAAUGUCCGUUUGUUCUGACCGGUGUGAAGAUCGACCUGCUGAAACAUUUUAAAAUCUAUCACAGCGCAAGUAAGAAUGAGGACCCAUGCGACUACAUAGACGACGAAUUCUUGCAUCGUAUGCUGGAGCAGAAUAGCAGUACGUACACGUGCAACCAUUGUAAACUAUCCUUUGAUAGUCGCUUCGAGUACGAGAACCACAUUGAUGUGUGUUCUUUGGCCGGGUUGCCCAGCUCAUUCUCGCUCAGCUCGAAAUCGGUUCGUAUUCGCUACAUUUGCAGCUGUUGUAAUGAGAUGUUUGUCAACGAGUAUAGCAUUGCGAAACAUAUGCGAACGCAUUUGGCUCAGUACAACUGUCGAUACUGCAAACGUGAAUUCAAACAGCUGGUGCAUCUCAAUCACCAUCAGAUGACUCUGCACAAUGCAAAAGAUAAUGAAUUUGUUAUGAAGGACCUGAAUCAGUAUCGAAACUUUUUCCUGAAAAUAAAAAUGCUCUUCCCGAAUGGGUUGCUACUAAGCAAAGUGGACGCUUACCGAACGGUGUGCGGUUCAGUUGAGGACAUUAUCAAUUAUGCCCGAAGCUGCAAUGAAGAUGAGCACAAGGAACUGAUGUACGAACGUGCUAUCGAAUUGCCCCUCCAUUACGAGAACAGUACCGGUGAUCUCGUUAAAACACUGUGUAAGGAGUAUCUUAAGACACAGCCAAAACUGAUCUUAGAGCUGGAGAACCUCGACGACAAGCAGGUGGAACACAUCAAAGAGCAAGCGUACUUACUGGCAAAAGCCUCUGGGGAAAUGAGUGACGAUCAAAUUCUGGUCGCAUCAUCUUCGAACGCAUCGACGCGUAGUACAUAUGGUAUGGAUCGGCGGAAACGAGCGCGUGCGCGGAAAUCAUUUAAACAGUUAUCGAGUUCCAAUUCGGAAACCGAUGAUGAGGACGAUGACGAUUGGCAGCCAGGAGCAAAGCGUAUGAAUUUGCGAGCGAAAAGAAACAAAUCUUUUGCUGAUGACGAUUUUAUAGUGUCGGAUGGGGAAUCAGAGUCGGACGAAGAAUUCCUUAUUAAUCUUAAAAAAGAACGCUAGUAGAGUAAUUUUCGCUAUCUAAUAGUAAUAGUUUUCAAGCCAAUGUCAAACUAUAAACAGAAAGACCGUUAGCAUUUCAA